UCGACGGUCCAUUUGACUUUCGAAUUUCGAAAUCUUUCGUUUCUUCACUCCACACGUUACUGUUUCGACUCUAGGCUUCAUCCAUCUCCAUCUCUCAAUUCAAGUCUCAAGCAAGCUUGCAGAGAGAGAGAGAGAGAGAGAGAGAGAGAGAGAGAGAGAGAGAGAGAGAGAGAGAGAGAGAGAGAGAGAGAGAGAGAGAUGAAGAUUACAGUGCCAACCACGAUCGUUUCUUUGCUUCUUCUCGUAUCCAAUCUCUGCUUCGUCUCAUUUGCUCGACCGCUCCACUCUGUUCCUGCUUCUCAGUGCAAAGCAUGGCUCGUCCAGUCAAUCCCCACAGACAUGCCUGACCUCCCUCGCAUCAAUGGUGUUCUCUCCACCGGAGAUUUUGGCUACUCUAAGUCCCGUAUGAAGCGCUUUGGAGCCAACGAGGGUUUCACCGUUUAUAGCGCUAUCGAAAGUGCAGCUGACCGUAACGUCAGCAUCAGGAUUUUACAGCACUCUGGAGUCUAUCCUGACUAUACCAAUGAAUCAUCUAAUCUCGCUUCAGGGAGGCCAAAUGUGGAAGCUGUGACAUUGCUGCUUGAUAAAUGGUGGGGAUCUGGCAUUGUCCAUGCAAAAGUUUGGAUAUCAGAUCAUAAAGAUGUCUAUAUUGGCUCUGCUAACAAUGACUGGAAAUCUCUCACUCAGGUUAAAGAACUUGGAAUUUAUCUCGCUGAUUGUCCAAAAAUAGCAAAGAAGGUGGAUGUCUUUUUUAACAACCUAUGGGCUCUAGCUUCUCUUAAUUCAUCUUACACAAAAACAGUUUUGGAUCAACAAUGGCAGACUCAAAGAAAUGUUCCUUGUUGGUCACAUUUUCUCCAAGUUGAAGAGAGGUGCAGGCCACCUAUUCCUGAUCACCAGGUUAUUUCCCAUGUAACAGGUUAUCCACCAUUGUAUGACCCUUUUAUGUUUCAAUUACCACUGGAGACUCCUGGAUGUACUAACACAACAUCACAGCUUCAUGCUAGUUAUCUUUCUUUUGCUCCACCAGAGCUGUCAUUUAAGAAGUACCAGACAGAUGAACAGGGAUGGGUUGAUACAAUAAAAUCAGUUGGUUCUGGGGCCACCGUUAGAAUCAGUACUAUGGACUGGCUUGGUCAAUCUCAAUACAUGAAUCAGACAGUCUAUUGGUCAUCCCUUUCAUCUGCAAUCUCAGAGGUUGUCUUCUCCAAGGGUGCAACAGUCAAGAUAUUAGUAGCCUACUGGGCACAUUUUAUCAAAAACACAGAUCUUUAUUUGAAGUCCCUCCUUUACUCCAACGUACUCUGUGCAUCAUCCCAGUAUAAUGAAUGUACUGGUAAAGUUGAGAUCAAGUAUUAUAAGGUGCCAGGUUUCAACUUCACUGGGCCAUACAGAGAAAACGGAAAGAAAACAGGGAACGUUUACCCUGGAUACACAAGGGUGAACCAUGGGAAGUAUGCGGUUAGCGAUAUGCGUGCACACAUUGGAACCAGUAAUCUUGUCUGGGAUUACUUCUAUACAACAGCAGGUAUCAGCUUUGGGACAUACAAUCCUGCCAUUGUUUUACAGCUUCAAGCAAUAUUUGAUGCAGAUUGGAAUUCACCUUAUGCCACUCCAGUUGAAGAAUUGGCGAGUGCUCCAAUUUCUUCCAGUAGAUGAGUACUAAUGGAAUCAAUGUCAGCAGGAAAAGCAUUGAUAGCAUAAUUUGCUGGAAACGUGUUUUCAGUUGGGUUUGAAGGUGGAAGCAGCAAUUAAGCAUUAAUGAGCAGAUUUCAUAUGCUUUAAGUUUGUUUUGUUCUUAAGUUAAAACUCAUUAGUGUGAAUAUGCAUUAAAGAGAAAUAAAAUUAUUUUGAUUUAUAAUUGCAUC